AUGCCACCCGAGUUGGUCGCGAGCUCGAGCUCGUCGUCCGGCGUUGACGCCGACGGCGACCACGGCAUGGCCGGGACUGAGCAAGGCGCACGCGUCAGUAGCCAUGAUGAUCUGGCCUCUGUCACCACAGAGCAGCAAAAAGACACAGAGCAGCAAAAAGACACUGAGCAGCAAAAAGAUCCCGUCUCCGUGCCCAACGGCGAGCCUGCUCCUACGACCUCUUCCUCUUCUUCAGUGCAGAUGAAUGGUGGUCAGAUUCCAAAUGGACAGUCGUCAUCGAACGGUCCUCAUGGCCCCUCUGCACCUCAGGCACCCAGCUCGGCAACAAAGCUCGCGUCUCAUCCCAGUCGAGAUCGGGGCACCCCGCCGACACCUCUGUCGUUUGACGAGCAAUUUGCAAGCCUCGGUCGGGUCUUUGAAAAGGCCCCCUCUGACGUGUUGAGACGGCUCGUUCGCGACUACUGGCAGAAGACCCUAGUGGGCUCCGAUUACCACAUGACCUUCGUCAUGCGCAUGGUAGCAGAGCAACUUCCUGCUAUAGGCAAAGACACGCUUCGCCAGCAGCUGGCCACAUUCGUGGCACCAUCUCUCGGCACCGCAGUCGCCCAACAGCUCAGUACAGGGCAGAUUGAUCAGGCCAUGCCUGCGCUCGUCUCCAAGGGGAGCGAUGCUUUCAUGAUAGCCUGUCUCUACAAGUGUCUCGCCACUAUAGGCGCACGACAACUGGUCGACGCCCUGGCUUCCACAAAGCGCCUGGGCUUUGAGUUGACGGAUUCUAUUGAGCACGGAGAACGGAUCCGUCCGGCCAUCGCGAGCGUGCAGACUGAUAUUCAACAUUCGGCUCCCAUCCCUGGUAUCUACCAGUGUGAGGCUUGCGGCCGCCACUUUACCAACAAGGCAGCCCACCUCUACCACAUCUCCAAGCUCAAAUGCACAGAGCCGCCAAAAGGCCCAGUCAUGAGCCGGUGCGCUGCCUGUGGCGCCACCUUUUCGACAGCCGGCGGCGUCGGCUAUCAUGCUGGCAACAACGUCUGUGGAGCAUACAGUCCUGAACCGAACGAUCCACGUCCUCCGCCCGCCGUCCAGCAUCAGAUGUCGCAGCCUCAGCACCAGCAGCAGAUGUCGCAACCUCAGCAGCAGCCGCCGCAGCAACCUCAACCUCAGCAACAGCCUCAGCACCAUCAACCUGUCCAACAUGCCCCCGGCGCACCCGAGCACGCCAUCUCCACGACACCUGUACCUCUGCCGAAGCUACCCUCUGUCGCGUCCGGUAGCGCCAAGCCUUUGUACUGGAAGCCGCCGCUGAUGACAGGGCCCCUGACUCCUGCGAGCAAAGCUCCCCCUACAGACUUGACGCUCGUCCGUAGUGAUGUUCAGGCCCAUACCCAGCGCCCUCUCCAGUCUCAUACUCCGGUCCCGGUUCCGUCGUCUGGCUUCACGCCUGUGCCGGCAAGUCAACACAACCAGCACACGCCACGCUCACAACAGCACACGCCGGUCCAAAGCCACGCGCCAUCUGCCACCAAAACGCCGCCCUACGGCGUUCGAUCAGAGUCUGCUGAACUCCUAAGGGCCCUGGGCGAGCUGACGGAGGAGCAACGCGCCGACUAUUACGAUCGCAUGGCAAAGCAAGAGCAGGCCUACGAAUUGAAGGUGCUGCACGCCAAGCGGGACCUGACCGGCGAGGCACAGGUCACCAAGCUCAAGAGCCUCAAGGCCUGUUUCGCCGCGGCGCAGAGCGGCGUGCGUCAGCGGUUCGGCAUCAAGCUGCGCGGCCGGCGGCCCGCUUCCGUCAAGGCGGCCGAGCACGCUCGUCCCGGCGUUGACGCGACGACGCCCACGGACGGGCGCCGCGCCGCGCAGACGGACCAUGCCCAGAACGGCACGCCUGCCCCACCGCCGGGUCCUCGUGUCGCGCUGUCGGACAUGAACGGCGGGCUUGCGGGGUCUUCUGCGACGGCGGCGACGGAGGACCCGACGGUGCACACGUCACCGUCGCGGGCGCGGAGCGGGUUCGUGGCGCAUAAUAAUCCUUCGCCUGCUCAACUGAGGGAGCGCCUCGGCCAGGCCCCCAAGCCUGCGCGGCCUCUGCCCCCGCCUAUUGAUAUCGAGUCGAGCGACGACUCUGACAGCGACAUUCCUGGCGUCUAG